GAAGAGGCGCGUAGUUUGUUUGGUGCGCUGUUUUCUUCGGUGUCUAAGCGGCGUAGUGAGUAUACUUAUUAAAGUUUACCUCUAGUUUUCUUGUUUAAAUGGACAUUUCAUUAUCGGUCAUCUCAAUUUUUCUGACAUUGUUUGAUAUCAGUACAUCUAGGUGAUAAUCUCAAGUCAGUCACAGUUUCCUGACGAGCUUAUGACCUUAAGGUCAUCAUUGAAAUUUCACUGAUGCAUCAAUUUCUUGGUACAAAAUCAACACGACAAUAAGACAAUGAUGCUAUUGCACUGUAGCCCUCAAAUCUAAAUGUAUGUAAUCGCAUUCAUUUAGAACAGAAGAUUUGGUGAAAAACUAGAAUAAAUGAUGAUAACUAAAGUGAGUUUAUAGUUAUUUUGUCUAACGGGAUACAUUUGGGCGAAAUUCUCCAUCAUUGCCUCGUUUUGGGUGGAAUUAAUGGUUCUUGAUUGCAGUGUCGUCUGAAUAUCUUUUCAACUAGUGUCUCCCAUAUUUCCCUUAAGUUCGCCUUCAUUUCCCCACUCUUAUUUAUUUGAAAACCUAAUACUUGAUCCUCAUGUAAGCGGCACACUAUCGUUUUUUUAAUGCAGCCUCAAAAUUAAUAUCACAGACUGGAAGUCAACUAAAUUUUGUGUAUUUCAGGACUUAAGUUAAUCUAAUCAUCCUAGAUACUUGGAAUUCCCUUAAUCCAAUGACUGCAGGUAAUAUACUUCUUGAAGGUUAUUUGUAUAAAACUUAUUCCCACGAUCACAUUGUUGUUGAUUCAUUCUAUGGAGCCAGUAUAUUGUAGUUAUACUGUAUAGAUUUUUGUAUUAGGCAUUAUGGCAUACUUGACGUUUUGACUUAAAAUUAAGUUAUCAUGAUCCAGUUUACGACGUGAUCGUUUAGAGCUAGGUAGUAUGAUUCAGUUACUCAGUGCGCAAGUACAUGUUCGUGAAUUAGAAUUUCGGUAACGUUUUAAUGAAGGGCUUCUUUAUCACUCCAACGGAAUUAGUUAUUCUGACAUUUAAUCCAAUGUUUGAAAAUCUAUUGCUUAAAUAAGUGUUCCACGCUGUGGAUAGAUGAAUGAAAGCUUCAUUUAAGGCAUACAUUUCGUCCAAACGUUUCCUUUAGUGAAGUGAUCUCAACAUUCUAAACACAUUUGCAUUAAUAACUUAGUGACCCUGUUGAUCUGACUUUGUUUUAUAUGAACGAAUGUGCUGUGAACAUAUAUCUUGUUUAAUUCCAUUUAUUAUAUCUAGGCUAACCCUGUUUGUGUGGCGGCGGUAAUAUGAAGCCAAGUAUGGAUUGAUUUGGAUUGGUUUACUUCAUGCAGUCGUUUACACAGACAUUAUAAUGAGAAGCAGAAAAACCAAAGUGGGGUGAAGAAGUCUAGCGCGCUAACUCAUCGGGAUAAAGCGUAACUGUUUAUUGUCGAACAAAAAUGAGCUAAAGACAUGCGAUGAAUGGGAGUAAGGGAGACAAACUCGUAAUUAAAAACAGUCCAGUUUAUAGGCAGAUAAUUGACAAAUUCAAGAUGUAACUCGGGAAGAAUAAAUUAACUGGUUUAUCCGAAAAAUAAAACAACCCAUUUGAGCGUAAAAUAAAAUUAAAAACUACAGUCCACAAGAUGUGUUCAUUAUAAAUCAAGAUUAUCUUUAGUCUCAUCUACUUAAUUGAGCUCAUAUGCUCUGUUAUACUGCCUAUUAAUAUAAGUUAUUUAUUCAACAAAAUGUUUUUUUAACUAAAAUUUUGUUUCCAUUUAGGUCUAACUGUUUAAAUAUGGAUACGUCAAUGGAAGAUUUGUUUUCCGAUUUUGAUAAAUCUACUGUUUUAGUUGAGGCAGCAGAUACAAAGAAAAAUAGUAUAGAAAAUCAUAACUUAAUGGUACUUACUACUGAGACAAUAGGCAAUGAAACUAUACGUAUCGAAGGUGUUUACCAAGCUUCUACCCAAAGUCUGUGCUUAGUCGUUGAAUUACAUGAAAACUCUUCGUUGUCUAGUUGCAUUAAUUUGGAAAUUCCAUACCAGUAUCCCUCAUCGAGCACAAAUUUAUCAGAAACGGAGAAUAUACCAAUUCAUAUUUGUACUCUUUGCGAUAAAAAUCACUUUAUGAACAUAAUCACUUACCCACAACAUCAAACUUCAACGGUAUUUGCUGAUUUAUCCUCCACAUCGUCAUCAUUCUCAUCAAUGUUCGCCUGUUCUAAACGCCUUAUUGACAUUCUUUGUGACAUUGAAAAUAAAGAUAUUAGGGACAAUCCUGAUCUGGUUCGAUUAUGUAGUCUUCCAAAUGGACUAGUCUAUGCUAUUUGGUAUACAACUAUGGAUAAAAAACUUCAUUGUUCAGUUGCGUUUCCAUUGUCAUGUUGUAAGUCAAUCGUGACUUGGGCUUUUAUUCGUAAUCCCGCAGCUAAUUCUACAGUGUCUCGUAUAAUUGACAAUACAUUGGCAGAUAAUCAUUGUACUCAAAUUGAAAACAAUACUGUGAAUGAUCUACUUAUUGGUUUAACGAAAGAUGGUGAAGGUAUAGGUGUAUGGUUCGAUUCAUCAGAAGAUGUUUAUAACAAAAAAGUCCUAAACAUCACUGAAUUCAGUUUACCCCAAUCACCUGAUCCAAUUACAAAAUGUCGUGCACAAGGUUCAUGGCUCCAUGUGAUCACUCAAAGUGGACAUUUAAUGUCAGUACAUUUCAGUUUACAAUUAAAACAAUGUAAUGACAAUAAUAAUGGUAAAUCAACAAGAUGGAAUUUGUUAUGUCAAUCAACUAAUUUUCCUCGAUUACCUAUUCAUUUAUCACCUGUGAAUAAUAUUGAGCAAUGGAUAAAAUCGUACCCAAGAUGGCGUAAUCUUAAUGUUUGCGACUUUACUCGUCUGGCUGACGGUCAUUUGGGUAGUGUUGAUUCACGAGGUUGUAAAACACGUCUAGUUGAUCUAUUAUCAUCUAAAUCCGAAAUAGAUACUCCUGUUAAUUAUACAGAACAACAAUUGAAUCAAACAUUCAUGGAAUUAAUCAAGACAAAAUAUCAAAUGAAAAGUUAUUUAGCAUGUCUACUUCUACUAAACCGUUUGAGUAAUUUGAAAGUGAAUAUAGACAAAAAUGAUUGGUCUCAGUUCCCUUUAGAUUGUAAAAUCUAUUUGACAUCAUGUCGUGCAGAUCAUGAACCAGGAAGCCAAUCACCUUUGGAAUUGAUUGUUGAUAUCACAGUCCAGAAUACAACAACUGAUGACAAUCUAGAAGAAAAUAUUAAUGAAUUAUUAUUUCAUUCUGAUUUAAACAACUUUAGUCUAAAUAAUCUGGCACAAAUUAUAUUAUUCAAAUCAUACAUUAAUAAUAAUACAAAGAAUUAUAUCAUAUCAGAUUAUCUUGAGAAAUAUUUGUACAUUGUUAUCAAAAUAGAAGCUGUUAGAACUGACUAUGAAUCGUCAUCGUUGCCAUUAUCAUCACCAUCAUCAUCGAAUAUGAAGGAUUUAAUCACAGAUGUCGAUAACAACGUGGUCAACAAUCAUCAUUCACUUGUUUACACAUAUAGAGAAUUGUGGUUUUCAUCACCGAUAAUUAACAAUAGUGAUAAUUCCAAAUUACGACGUUUUAUCAUUCCAUCAGUAAAUUGGUUACAAAUAUUUCACAUGACUGAAUUGAAUAAUUCUUCACUCUUUCAACAAGAACUAUUGCCUACUACUACCAACAGAAUGUUCUCAUUUGACGGUGGUACACUUCGAGUGGAUGUUCAAUUAGAAUUUCAACCACCAAUAUUACCACAAUAUUUAUAUUGUUUCAAUCAAAAAUUAUUCAAAAAUGAAAAAAAAUUUGAUCAUUCACCAAUUUUUGUAACAAUUGGUCAUGGUUGCCUUGAUUGUUUGCAUUUCCUAUAUCAAAUAGAAAAUAAUUCUUUAUUGAAAAUUGUUGAAAAUGAAAAUCCUAUGAAGUUCAUUCAUACAAUGCAUAUUAAUAUUAAUGAUUCAGUGUUUCAAUCAAUCAUAUCAGAUAUUUUCAAAAAUUCCAUAUCAUUCUCAAGUAAUCAUCAUGAAAACUUCCUUAAAUUAAUGGUGAAAAGUAAUAAUAGCAAUAAUGGCCAAUUAUUUUACUGUUGUUUAACACAUCAAUCUGUCAAAUUUGAAUGGUCUGUAAAUUUAGAUCCAUUUAAUUUUAAACAGGAGAACAAGAAAGAAGGGGAGACAAGUAACAUAGACAACAACAAUUACAGUUCCAAUACCUGGUGUUUUACGAUAUCUUCUAUUUGUUUACAAACAUUAUGGUCUGUGUAUAAAGCUAUUGAGUUGCGUCAGAAAAUAUCACUACAGAAGAAUAAUUCGAUAGAAACUUUCAAACGUCCUACUGUUGAGCAACUUAGACUAGAAUGUUCUAUCUUAAAGAAAUUACUAACUUCUCUACACGAUAUUCAAGAAAGUAUUAGUAAUAAGGAUAAUAAUAAUAAUAAUGUCAACGGUAACUACUUAACAGAGAAGUUAUUAUCGGAACCAAAGUGUAUGCUGAAUUUCCUUUUAGACUCCUAUUGUGUCAUUCGAAAAACAGCAAUGUCAUCAUCUUUAUUUUAUCAAUGAUGAUGAGGAUGUAUAUUCUGUUGUAUAUAUUUAUGUAAUCAAAAUAAAUACCUAUGGUCUGUACAUGUCUCUUCGG